AUGCGUAAACCACGAUGUGAUCUCCCAGAUAUUCCACAUCAUGAGCACAAUACAGGUAUACAUAAAUGGAUGAAAAUAAAUCUUACGUGGAACUUUCAUUUGGCAAAUGCAAAUAUCUUAAAAACUGCGGCAUUCGCAUUCUCGUUAUGGGCAGCAAAUUCAUCCUUAUCAUUCGAGCGUAAAAUAUUAAACCCUGACAUUUUAAUAUCUUACCGUAGUGGUACUCACACAUAUGUUGAUCACAAACGUAACGCAGAAAUUUGCCCCUCUUCAUUCGACGGUCGUGGUGGAGUACUCGCUCACGCGUUUUAUCCUUCACGCAAUCCUAAUUACACCACCGAAAUACAUGUUGACAAUGCAGAAGCCUGGCACAUAUACCUAGACGAUAAAAUACCUUUCAACUCGGAACGUCUACUUCAUACAUUAACACAUGAAAUCGGACAUUCGUUAGGACUAAUGCACAGUUCGCGCGAAGAUUCUGUAAUGUUUGCGUUUACUAAAAAUACUAAUACAACUGUUAAACUCAACUUAGAAGAUAUUUUAGCGAUUCAGCAUCUAUAUGGAAGUAACAAACCAGGAAUAACAACAACUACUACUACUACUACUAUAAAACCACCAACAACGACUACUAAAAUUCCAACAAAUAAGCCUGAUAAAAUAGAUCUCUGUGAAUUACAAUAUGUGGAUACUAUAUUAAUAUUAAAUCAUCGAAUAUUCGUCACGUAUUAA